AUGGGGGCUCUUCCCCUGAACCCCAUCGGGAAUGUGGAUGGGCUAACCCCAGACGAGGCGCCUGUCCCCGCAAACGAGAAUGAAAGAUUCUUUGCUUUGACGACGGUCAACUGCGGGAAUCACAGCUUGCUUGUGCGUGGUGAGAUACAGGCAGAAAAGAGAAUCACCCCUGAUGAGCCACCUCCAGCAUUGCCAAGCCCAAGAAACUGUCUGAAUGUCCGCUCGAGGGAGAAAGAUCAACAUAUAAAAUCUAUGAAGGCCUUAGCCUGGUGGGCACCGAAUAAGAUUGCGGGCAUUCCUGAAACCCGUUAUGGGUUGCGAGACGACGAACGCAGAACCAUCCAGAGAAUCGCUACCAUACAAACCGACAGACUGGCGACGUCUAGAUUUACUGAGAACCGUUGGGAUCCUGGAGUUUGCAUCCGAACAAUGGACGCUCUGCUUUCUCAGAUAAAAGAACUGGUACCAGAAGAUGAUCCAAAUUCUUUCAAGCGAGCCGUUCUCACAGUCGGGCCGAACCGAACAUUCGAAAUCCGGGACCGGCUGGAACGAGAUCUGUUUGUUGAGGAACACGAAAUCCGAAGCAUCUACGAGGGCAAUGAGUAA